AUGGGUCUCCUGAAGAUUCUCCUCAAAGUAAUUCUCAUUCCCAUUGCGGUUAUCGUCGUCAUCGUCGUCGUUAUCGGAAUCCUCAUCAAAAUACGUCGGGAUCGGAAGAAGGAAGAAAAGCAGGUUCAGCAGAGAGGCUUUCAUCCACCGCCUAUUAUGCAAUGGACGUAUCCUGAGCAAGGACAUCCUGAUAAGGUUCAGAAGCCAGCUCCGGUGGCUAAUCCGGUCGCUGCUCCGAGUUACGUGGCCACGCCGAGCCAGAUGGAGGCAGGUUAUGCUCGAACGUAG